UCCAAGUCAUCCCAAAAUGGACGUGGAAAAUAAUUCCGUAGAACCGACAAAGGUUGAACCGAGCUCGGAUCAGCCACCAACGGUGUUGGUCAAUCCAGUGACGGGGGAAGUGAUUCCAAACUUCAACACCUACCAACAGAAGAAAAAUCUCGCCCAAGGCAUGAUGGAUCUGGCCCUGGUAUCGGCCAACGCUAAUCAGCUGCGCUACGUGAUCGAAUCGUUUACCCGCCAUCCGUACUACUACUUCAGUUUGAUCUUCAUCUCGGUCAGCUUGGUUAUUCAGAUUGCGGUCGGCGUUGGGCUGAUCAUGAACAGCCGUUACGAUGUGAAUGACAAACGGGAGAUCUGCAAGGCGAACAAAAUCAACGAUAUGGUCACGAUCGGAAUCUUUCUGAUAACGUUGGUCAACGUGCUGAUAUCGGCGUUCGGUGUCGCACCGCAAGUGAACUGAUCUUUGUAGUUUGAGUUGGAUAUAACUGAGU